AUGCGUAUAACUUUUAAUAAAUACAAGGGGUCUCUGGAAGACACAGCUGGUUUAGCUGAUGAGUAUAUAAAUGUGAACACCAAAUUACCGCUUCUAGAGCAAACGGCUAAAACUAGGAAAAAAAAUCAUCCCAAAUAUGUUACCACCGGUUUUGACUCCCUCAAUAUAGCAUGGACCAUAUUGCCGUUCGACCCGUUCGGGGAAGCCGAUCUUGACAGAAGUGAUAGUGAAACAUUUGUGACGCUGCAAAACAAUGGGCGCCGACUUCGUGAUUGCUGCCAUGUAUCGAUCUCAAAUGAAACAAGGGAAGACCAGUUGAGUUCCCACACUUCGCUCUAUGGCCAGGAAGUAUUGGAUCAGGACGAAGAUGAGAAUGACCUCCAAUCGGUGAAUGUAGAUGAAGGAAAGAAGGGUUCUAAGUUUAAGAAUUCCCUAGAAGAGCAGAGACAUAUUCGGCAUCUUGCGAAAAACCACAAACAUAAAGCUAAGAUGGACAAACAACUGAAAAAAAAGCAAACGAAAAGGCAAUCAAAACCUAAUGAUCUCCAUGCUGAGCAACCAGUAGAGUCCAAAGUGAGUAUUUUGAAGAGUCUGCUACAUGAUUGUUUAUCAGUCGCUGGAGCAAAAUCAGGAGAACCACUCUUGGAGUGUUCCAAAAUUGUACAGAUUGAGGAUGCUCCAAUUUAUAACUCCGAUUUGCGAAAUUUGCUAGACGAUGAAUGGCUAUCAGAUAAUAAUAUAUCAUGGGUUUAUGCUUUCCUCGAGUAUGGUUAUAUUUUGCCUUUAUUAUCAGUGAAACUACAGAAUUCUAAAUUUGUUCAGUAUCAAUAUGAAGAACAAAAACAUAUAUUCAAGUCACCUAUAUCCUUGCUUUUUCCAUCUUUUACCUUUUUAAUAGCUAAUCAUCCUGAUCCUAAAGAGCUGGUACAUGUGUUACCAGACAAUAUUAAGGAAGCACAGUUUAUAUUUUGCCCCUUGAAUGACAAUGACGAUUUUGCGUCAUCAGAGGGUGGCUCCCACUGGAGCUUGGUGGUCUUUACCAAAUUGCUUUCGACUGAUCACAAAAACAAAAACAGCUAUGUUCAAAAGGCACUUGUUUUUGAUUCACUCUAUGAGGCAAACUCUUUGGAAACAGAGAGUUUGGUGAAGAAUAUGGCAGCCAUUUUAUACAAUCCAGAUGAUUCGAAAUGCCAGGCGGAUUGGGAAAUUGUUCAUGUAAGAGAUACACCACAACAAACCAAUAACUCUGACUGUGGUGUUUAUGUAGCUAGUAUUACAGCUUCAUUAACAGCACAAUUAGUGUUUUUGGCUCUUUCAGGAGAGAACUCGUACAUUGAUUUUUCUUUAUCUAAUUUGAGGUUCAGUGCAGUUGAUUCACGUAUUUGGAUUCUGUCUACAAUUUUGAAUUCUUUAGAAAAUGAUGAAUAA